GGCCCCGCCCCUUUCCGGUCCCUCGCCAUGGAGACGGUGCUGGCGGAGGCGCUGCUCUCGAAGUGCGCGGACUCGGGCGCCUUGCUGGCGGCGGUGUGCGGCCCAGGCGGGGCCUUGUCGGCCGAGCAAGCGGAGGCGCUGCCCUUCCUGCUCGAGCUCCGCGGAGGGGAAGGGCUAGCUCGAGAAGCAGCGCUGGGCCGUUGCCUCCCGGCGCUGCUCGGCGAUGGCGGGGAAGCCACGGAGGAGGAGCGCCGGCGGGUGGUGCGUGCCGCAGGCGGGGCCCUCCGGCGCUGCGCCUGCCUCUGCGGGGCCCCGUUGGCGGAGCAGCUGGCCCGGGAGGCCCUAAGGGCGGCGGGGGCGCAGGGAGGGGGCCGCCGGCGCGUGGAGGCCGUCGUGGAGGUCCUGUCCGCCGUGGCCGCUUCCCUGGAGGAGCCGGUGCUGCUGAGGGAGGUUGUGGAGGCCGCUCUGGGGCUUCUGUGGGGGCGAGGGAGCGAGGAGGAGUGGGAAGCCGCGCAGGUGGCCGGGCGGCUCCUGGCGGCCUUGGGGAGGAACGCCGCCGCGCUGGGCCUCGUCUGGGAAGGGCUGAUGCAGCCGCCCCCGCAGGCCCCUCAACGGGCGAGGCGGGCCCUGCUGGCCCUGUGUGCCCUCUCCGACGCUGUGCUCCCGAAGGACGGAGCGGGGCCAACCCCGAGCCUGGACGCCCGGCGCUGCAGGGGCUUCUGGGAAGCGGUGCAGGAGGGGCUGACGGCCCGCGAUGCCUUGGACAGGAAGAGGGCCCGCUACCUCCUCAAGCGCGCCGUGGACGCCUCCAGCCAAGGCCUCCUCCUCGGGGACUGCCCUGGCACCCAGGAGCCCGAAGGAAGCGGACCUUAUCUGUUUUGGUGGUGUACUGGAAAAAAUGAUCAACUUACUCAGUUUUGGGAAGAUUACAUUUUAAUUUUGGAGAUUCUGGAAGGAAACCAGAUUCAUGUUAUGAAACCAGUAUUGCCUAAAUUAAAUAGUUUAUAUGAACAUGCAGUAUCAGAACAAAAAGAUUGUUGGGUGUUUCAUCCAUCAUGGCACAUGUGCAUUUACAAACGGAUGUUUGAGAGUGAAAACAAAACAUUGGCAAAAGAAGCUGUUGUUCACUUUCUUGAAAUCUGGCCACAAAAAUGUCUUCCCACAUCACCAGGAUUUUCAGAGUUCGUUAUUGGCCCUUUAAUGGAUGCCCUUUCUGAAAGUUCUCUUUAUAACAGGUCACCAGGUCAAAAUAUAGGAACCUGUCCUCCAUUAGGAUUGAAACUGCAGGCAUUCCUGGCUACAUUCUUUACAAACCUUCCAGCAGAAGAAAAAUGUACUUUUUUGUUAAAGUUCAUACAGAAGAUGAGCAAUAGACACUGGUGUGCUGUUCCCAUUUUGUUUUUCUCCAUGGCCUUGGCCCAUAUUCCACCAUAUAGAGCUCUGGAUGUUGCAGGACUCUUAGCUCUGAGAGAUGUCCUGCAGUGUACUAUGAUCACACAUCAGAUUCUCCUACGAGGAGCAGCCCAAUGUUAUCUCCUUCAAGCAGCCAUACACUUGACAGAUAUAGAGAAGGUGUCCCUUUCAGAUAUUUCAAAUCUCAUUGUAUGUCUAAGACCAGAAGAAUCAUUAAGCAGAGGAACAACCCUGUGGAGAAAGCUUUGCAAUUGGUUGUGUGUAAAUGACAUGCAUUUUCGAAAGCCUUUAAACUGUAGUCUGCCUCCAGACAAAACCAGAUUGAGUGUUUAUGUGCAAUUUCUUUUGGAAGAUUACCUUAAAUCACCUGUGGCCAGUUUAACAGAAAAUUGCCUUCUGCCAGACUGGUCUGAUGCAAAACUUAUUGCUAUAAUGAUUCUUCUGGCUGCAGAUAUGGAAGAUAUGAAGAAUGAAUACAGGGGCAAUGUCAGAACAGAAUGGGUUGAGUUGAAGUCCCUUCUAAAUCCACUACUAGAUGUCUUGCUCAAACUUGGCACUAAUCCGUAUAUUUCAACACAAAAAUCCGAUAAAAGCUUACAGUUGCUAUUGAAAUUGCUACAGACUUGUUCAAGAAAACAAUCCACUCUACAAAUUGAUGGGAUAACAACAUUUCUUCAAACAACAUUUAUGUCUGCCACAGAAAGUAUUCUGCAUUUUUUUCUCAGAAGACUUACUGCUCAUGAAUUAAACACAAUUUCAGACCUGCAACGCUGUGAUUUAUAUCUAGGAGUGUUGCUGGAGAUAGCAAGCUUCUCUUCAGUCAAUGGCUGGAAGAAAGGACCUUUUGUCUGCAGCUUUAUCUCCUCUCUGAUAAAUGCCUCACUCUGCAAUCUGCAGGAGAUGUCCGAUGAAAAGGAAAUAAAACUUGGAAAACAGAUUCAGAAAGCAGUGAGCAUUGCAUCACUAAGCAAAGUUUGCGAAAUUAUUGAUCAGAAGCCAGAUCUUCAAUUUCUACCAUCUGUUAAUGCCCUAAAAACAGCCAUUUCCUGUAUACAACUUGACUUAAAGAAACCUUCCUGUAUGGAAAAAAGCAGUUCUCCAGAAGAGCCUGCACCUAAUCAAGGAUGGGGGAAAAUAGUCGCACGAUUUAUACAUGAUCAAUGGGCUUGUCUUAAUUUUGUUCUGAAUAAUCAAAGCUUUUCUAAGGAACUGAAUAUGGAACAAUUUUUGCACAGUGAUGAAAAGUGUUUACAAAUAUUACAGUCUGCACUGGAAGCAAUGACAGUUCUUCCUUCUGAUCAUGUUCUACCUGUAUUUCAUUGCAUGAAAAUACUAGUUCCCAAGCUCCUGGAAUCAUCAGAAUCUGUGUGCAUACAGGCUUUUGAUUUAGCAUGGAAAAUAAUAUUUUCUCUUAGCAACACACAGUUGAUAUUUUGGCCUAAUUUAAAAGCUUUCGUUCAGUUUGUGUUUGAUUCACAAGUUCUUGCUGUUGCUGCAAAGAAUGCGAACCAAGCAUAUUUAAAGAUAAAAGAGAUCAUGUUUCAGAUUAUCGAAAUGUCUUCUACAAGAACUGGAGUCUUUAAUGUGCUGAUAAGUUAUUGCUGUCACUCUUGGAUAUUUCCUACUUCUUGUGACACAAAUGUUGCCGAAAAUGCAUUUUCAAAUGCCAGCAAUUACAGUGAGCUUCUCAUAGAGUCUUGUCUGUUUGGAACAGUUUUCAGACGUGACCAAAGACUCAUUCAGGAGGUGUCUGCUUUUGUAGAAAACCUGGGUGAUGAAUGUGCAGCAAAUGUUGUUACAGAAAGUAUGAACAGAGAUGACCAUUAUGUGAGAAUUUGUGCCAUCAAAUUUCUCUGCUUGCUAGAUGAGUCAAAUACGCUGCACAAGGAAUUCAUAGAAGACUUUGUCAUGAAGCUGCUUGAUAAAGGUGAAUUCAUGUUGAAAUCAAAAAGUCACUAUUAUGUGAAUUCUUUACAACACAGAAUUAUAAACCGAUUGUGGCAAACAUUGCUGGUUCUAUUUCCAAAACUCCAUAAGGACAUUUUAACAAGCAUUGUGGAUAGGAUUCUACAAGCUGGACAUAGGAAUAAUCAAGCAUCUGUAAAAUAUUUAAUAGAAUGGAAUAUCAUUUUGAUUCUGCACAAGUUUCCCCAGUUUCUUCAAAAAUUCUGGGAUUGCUUUAACUACGGUGAAGACCAGCUUAAAAUGAGCAUUUGCACGUUUUUAGCGGUGCUGUCACAUUUUGACAUAAUUCUCCAAAGCGCACCUGAAAAGACUCCAGCUUUGAAGAAAGCCCUUGUUGUUGUCCUACAGUGGUGUUUCCAUCACAAUUUUAGUGUUCGAUUGUAUGCUUUAAUCGCUCUGAAGAAAAUUUGGGGAAUGUGCAAAGCAUCAUUUGUGAAUGAUUUCGAAGCUUUAGCACCAGUUAUUGAAUGUAGUCUUAAUCAGGCGGAAAGCAUGCAUGGAUCGGGGAAUGCUAAAAAGAAUUGGCAGCGUAUCCAAAAGCACUUCUUCUUUGACAAUUUCCAUCCACUUAAGGACUACUGUCUUGAGACAAUAUUUUUCACCUUGCCACGUCUUUCAGAAAUUGCUGAGGAGGAAUGGAUCUCUCUAUCUAAGUUUAAAGCGUUCACAGACCUCCCACUGAGCUCAACUUUUCCAUGUUCCAAUUCUUGCACUGCACUUCUUGAUCUAAAGCCAAGUGACUGGUGCCAGCAAGAUAGAGGUUUGAAUUCAUCCAAAUCAAGUAAUGAAAGAGAAUGGACCGAUGUUCAGAAAAAAAUCAUUCCCUGGAAGGACAGUACACCAGAUUUGGAUCUAGAGCUUGUAUUUCAAGAUCGGGCUUCUAAACUUUGCAAAUCAAAUAGUAAAUUGAUUGUAGUAGCUUCUCUCCUUGAUAAACCCACCAAUUUGGGAGGCUUGUGUCGUACAUGUGAAAUAUUUGGUGUUUCUGCUCUAAUCGUUGGCAGCAUUCAUUACAUAAAUGACAAACAAUUUCAGUACCUCAGUGUUUCUGCUGAACAAUGGCUUUCACUUCUUGAGGUUAAGCCAUUUCAGCUUGUUGAUUAUUUGGAGCAAAAGAAAAUUGAAGGCUACACUAUAAUAGGUGUUGAGCAAACAGCCAAGAGUUGCGAUCUAACAGAAUACAGCUUUCCAGAGAAAUCUCUGCUGCUGCUUGGAAAUGAACAUGAAGGAAUUCCUGCAAACCUGAUCCAGCAGUUGGACACUUGCGUGGAAAUUCCACAACAAGGAGUUAUUCGGUCACUUAAUGUCCAUGUAAGUGGAGCUCUGCUUAUCUGGGAAUAUACUCGGCAGCAGAUUCUCAAAGAGAAGGAAUCAAGAUGAAUGCCACAGUUCUUGUUAAAACUGCUGCUCUGAUGGUGCUACAAAAUCCAAGCAGUGAUUAUAAAUAUCACUCUUCAUGCUUUAUAUUUUGUAAAACCCUUUUAAAAAUAAUGUAAAUGCCUUAAAUCAUGACUGAUUAAAAUUAUUCAAUAAA